AUGGUUCUCGACAACUCCCCAAACUCCGAGAAGAGGGAGUUGGCUCAUGUCGACCUCAACCCCAAGGAGUCUCACACUCCUCCCUCCCCCGAGUUCUCUGGCGAGGAGCAUGUCAUGCACCAGAACAUUGACGAGGGCUUCGACCCCGCCUUUGUCCGCAGCACCAUGCGCAAGGUCGACUUCCGCCUCGUCCCCGUCCUCUCGUUGAUGUACUGCAUCUCGCUCAUCGACCGUACCAACCUUGGUCUCGCUCGCCAGGCCAAUGGGCUCAGGAUGCAGAAGGAUCUCCAACUCGGUGUUGGCCAACGCUUCUCUAUCGCCACCUUGGUCUUCUUCGUCCCUUACAUCAUUCUGGAGAUUCCCUCCCAGAUUGGUCUCCGCAAGUUUGGUGCCCGCUGGUGGCUUGGCAUUGCCACCAUCCUCUGGGGCGUCGUCACCGUGUGCAUCGGCUUUUCCAAGAACUGGCAGACGCUCGCCGGUCUCCGUGCCCUUCUCGGUGUCUUUGAGGCUACUCUCUUCCCCGGUGCCGCCUACCUGAUCGCCUGUUGGUACCCCCGUCGCUCCAUGGCCGUCCGCAUGUCCACCUUCUACAUCUUGUCGGUCACCGUCUCCGGUUUCGGCGCCGCCAUGGCCUACGGUCUCUCGACCCUUAACGGCAGGAACGGACACGCCGGUUGGACGUGGAUCUUCAUUGUCCAGGGUAUCAUCACUAUCGGUAUCGGACUCCUCUCGCUCCUCUUCCUUGUCGACUUCCCCGACAAGGCCACUUUCCUCUCUGAGCAGCAGAAGGAGCUCGUCAUCACCCGCAUCCAGCGUGACCGUGCCGAUGCCAUCGUCGACCCCAUGACUGGCGCCAAGCUCGUCUCUUACCUCGGCACCCUCAAGCUCUGGCUCUUCGCCUACAUGUUCAUGUGUGGUACCGUCGCCUCUUACUCGCUGGCCUACUUCCUUCCCCGUAUUCUUGCUACCAUGGGCUUCUCCAACAUGAUGUCGCAGCUCCUCGUCGUGCCACCCUACGUUUGGUGCCUGUUCCCCGCAGUCAGCAGCGCCCUGGUGGCCGACAAGGUCAAGGGUGCUCGCGCGUACGCCAUCGUCUUCAACAUCUGCUGCCUGAUCGUCGGCACGGCCAUGUACUCGCACAUCGACCCCAAGAAGAAGGCCGCUCGCUACGCCGGCAUCUUCCUCGCCAUCGGUGGCUCCAACUCGUUUCUCCCCCUCGUUGUCUCGUGGUCGCAGACUGCCAUCCGUGCCCAGUCCAAGCGUGGUUACGCCUCGGCCCUCAUCAUCGCCUUUGGCGGCGUCGGAGGUAUCAUCGCCUCGGUCGCCUUCCAGGAGAAGGAGGCCGUCAAGGGCUACCCCUCGGGCAUCUACCUCACGCUCGCCAUGAACGCCGCCAACGUUAUCGCCGUCAUCUGCCUUCGCUUCUGGAUGAUGUGGAAGAACAAGCAGGCCGACCAGGGCCUCUGUGUCAUCGAGGGCAACCCCGACUUCCGUUACCAGUACUAA